AUGGCGGCGCCGAAGAAGUCUGCAUUCGAAGACCUCCAGAGCUUCUUCGAAGAGGCCGACGGUGCGUUCGAUAAGAUGGACGUCGAGCGGACGCAAAUGAUCGGCUGCCUCAGGAAGGCGCUCGAGGCAUCUGGCACCGUGAGGCCUGUCCGCGGGAGCCCGUGGGAGGAGCCUGCAGUUUCGAGCUCCUCUGCGUCGGCGACUCUGGAGGUGGAGGUCGGCAGUUCGGAGGUCGGCCGCACCCAGGUCGACCAUGCUGCUCUGGGGCGCGCUGUCGACGAAGUUCUGGGUGACAGGGCAGGCGACGCGGACGAUCAGGUCCUUCCAGAAGGCGCGGCAGGACGCGUCCAGCAGUUCAUGAACGCGGAUCCUGACUUCGCUCGGAUUGCCCUGCUCAUGGCAAUGGACCCGCUCGCCGUGGACUGGAACGAUCCCGCCGUCAUCAACGUCGAGAAGGCGUUGGUCUUGGAGUUCAAGUGCCACAAGAAGUUCAAGGCACGGGGCCCUCCUGGCCCGCUCCAGGGGGGGCCCAAGGAGUGGAGGGGCCAAGCCUGGAGGGCGAAGAGCGGUCGGUGGGGCCCCCGUGGCGGCCGCAGCAUGCGGUUGGCAGAGUUCCAGGCGAAGUUCGGCAAGGAGCGAGGCGCGCAAGCAUUCCUCGAGGACGAGGACCGACGCCGCAGCUUGCGGCUAGAAACCUUCUUUGCGAAGUUCGGCAAGGAGCGAGGCGCCGAGGCCUUCCAGGAGGACGAGGCCGCGCGCUCGAGCAAUUGCAAGGGGAUCGCGCGCAUGAUGGCGGUCGGCCGCCCAAAGCCCCAGCAACCCAUUGUGGCGUCGCCGACGUUCGUGCCUCCAGCUUACAAGGCCAGGCCGACGCCCAAGAUGAUGCCGCCAACCGCCCUGCCGAUCGCGCGCACCGCGGACGCAGGAAAGGGCUCGGGCGAGCGGGCUGCCAAGGGCGAGAACAAGCGCGCCAGGGAGGGCAAGGGCGAUGGCGAGCAAGGCAAGGGCACCUACAAGGACGCGGACAAUGGCAAGGGCAAGGGCGCGGAUCAGGACAAAGGCAAGGGCGCCCGCAAGGACGCGGGCAACGGCAAGGGCGCCCACAAGGACGCGGUCAAGAGCAAGGGCAAGCACGGCGAGGCGCCCAGCGCCUCGGACGCCGUCGCCUGCUCGCGGGCCUAA